CCAAUAAUUCUGGAUCGGAAUCGUUAGCACAGAUUAUAUCAGAACCAACACAAGUUGUAUCAGAACCAAUCAUAGCAAAGUCUUCAAAAGGUCAAAUAUGUGUGAAAACUUCCACUGGAAAGAUUAUAAACCUACAAGUAGCUGGAAGUAACACGGUUUAUUCUCUUAAGGAAAUGAUUCAAAAUAAAGAAUCUUAUUUUCCUGAUCAACAACGCCUUAUAUUUGCUGGCAAGUUUUUGGAUGACGAGCGUCUCAUUUCAGACUACUGUAUAAAAAAGGAAUCUGUAUUACAUCUUUUGUUAAUUCCGAAAGGUCUAAUACACAUACAAAUGCCCACUAGAAAAACUUUGGUGUUAGAAGUGUAUUAUGAUAUUACUGUUAACACCCUUAGAAAAAUAAUCCAGGAUAAGGAGGGUAUUCCUAAUGACAAGUUCUAUUUGUCAUUUAGUCUUAAAACUCAAAGAAACAUCCCAUUAAGUGACGAUGUCCAUAAAUUUGAAGAUACCUAUACUAUUUCAGAAAAAGCAAUUGAGGAAUUUGAUGAAACUUUAUUAAAUUAUAAAAUCCAUUUGAACUAUUAUUUAUCAUUAAUCUCUAUCUAUGUGGAACAAUUUAAUAGAAAAUCUAUAACUCUAGACAUAGUUUUGAAUUAUACUAUUUCUGAAUUAAAAAAAAUAAUCCAACAUAAAGAAGAAAUCCACGUUGAUCAUCAAUGUCUUAUUUUUAAUGGAAGACAAUUG